AUGGAGCAGCUAGUGGCCGAGGAGGGACUUGAAGCAGAGCAGCUUGUACCUGAGGAGAGCUUAGCCAUUCCAACUGGCCCAAUCACUCGUUCACGAACUAAGGCACUAAACCAAGCAAUUGGCAAAGUCCUUAGCGCCUUGAACCAACAAGAACCAAGCCAACUACUCUGCACCAGCUCGAUCCCAUCCGAGAUACACUUCCCAGGAGUUCGUCGACGGCUUUUACCGGAGCAGGAAGGACUUAACCACUUGAUGCUUCUCGACGAGCUGGACUUGGUGAACGAACGACACGACGGUGCACUAAUCCGCAUCCAAAACUACCAGCAAGCAACGGCUAGGUACUACAACACCAAUGUUCGAAGCAGAAGAUUCAGAGUAGGAGACCUGGUCCUCCGGAAAGUUUUACAGAACACCGCCGAACUUAACGCAGGAAAGUUGGGCGCGAACUGGGAAGGUCCCUACAGAAUCACCGACAUCGUGUGA